AUGCUUUUUAUGGUUAUUUUCGCACUUACAAAUGAUAUAAAACAAAUUGAAUAUCAAGAUAGAUAUUGUAUUCUUCGUGCUUAUAUUGGUUAUGUAACAUGUCCUGCAUAUAAUUAUUCAUUUUUAUUACAAUCGAUAUAUAGGUAUUUAACGGUUGUUCAUCCAAAUCGUCCAUUUUGGCAAUCAGUAAAAUUUCAAAUUUUAUCUCUUAUGUCAAUAUGGAUAUUUUGUUUUAUUUAUCCAUUUGUAUUUUUAUUUAAAAAUGAAAUUAUUUAUAUUGUUGACAAUCAAAUAUGUCAAAUACCACUUCAAGGUUCUUUCUAUAUGCUUUAUUUAACAUCUAAUGCUUAUGUAAUUCCAAUCUCAUUGGUUAUAUUUACUUAUAUAAAAUUAAUUCGAUAUGUUCGUCAAAUGAGUAAACGUGUUGUAUCUGCAAAUACUUUAUCUCGUGCUCGAAAAGAAUUACAAAUGGUUCGACGUAUAGUUAUACUUGUUAUGAUUUUAGUAUUUGUUUGUUUACCUUAUGAAAUUUUUACUAUUAUGUCAUUAUUUACUAAUGCACCGAAAUAUGAUUUUCGAAUUGCUUAUCUAUUUGUUGAUUUAUCAUAUGCAUUGGUUAUGAUUUGUUUAUUUCAAUUUACCGAACCAGUUAAAACAUACAUUAUGAAAAAACUAAAACGACCAACAGAUAUAAUCGAUGUGGCAAGAAUAGGAUGA